GUGCAGUGCAACCUUCCUCACAACUGUACAUUCUGCCGCGCUGUUUGCAUUUGUCUACGGUGAAGAGCCACGGGAGCGAUUGGGAAAAGUGGCCCCUGCCAGCUGUGGAUUAGUGACAGUUAAAUUGACAUCCUCUCCCAUUUUGGACCUCGCCCGUCAAAGUUAGUGGCCCGGAUCUGAACAUCAGAUUGAGCCAGAUGCUCAUCUGAAAUAUUUUCCUUCCACUUCUGUACAUCCCGGGACAUCUUUUACAGCCACCUUAUCCACAUCAGCACAGAGUCCAAGCCCUCCAAGUCCACGAUACCUCCCACAAACAAACUGCCAGUGGAGAAAGAACUACAGUGUGGUGAAAAACCCUCGGACAACCGGCGAAAAUGAAAGCACAGCGCAAUUUGGCUCAGGCGGGCCGACGCGGAGGCCGUGGUCAUUACGAGAUGGACUCAAAACAGCACAAGCCGCUGAAGAUAAUUGCGCUGUCGGCCUUCUUGCUGGCGCAAAUGGACUGCGCCGCGCCUAUGAUCCACUCGCUCAAGAAUAUCGUGACUGCGUCGUUUCAAAUUCCAAACUUCCCAGAGUAUUUGAGCACGGGCUACGUUGACGGCAUUCAGAUUUUACAAUACGACAGCAAGAGCAGGAAAUUGGUAGCAAAACAGGAGUGGAUGAAGAAAAUCAUAGCAGAGGACCCACGCUACUGGGAGAGACAGACAGAAAUCAAUAUUGAUAAUCAGCAGGCCAACAACGUCAGCAUUCAAAUUCUUCAAGAGCGCUUCAACAAAACGGGAGGUCUUCACAUGAUUCAGUGGAUGUCUGGUUGCCAAUGGGACGAUGAGACCGACCAGGUCGAUGGUUGGACUCACUACGCUUACGACGGAGAAGACUUCAUAUGGUUUGAUUUGAAGGGAAUGAGAUGGAUCGCCGUCCACCCGCGGGCUGUCAUCACCAAAAACAAGUGGGACCGAGAAGAGGGCUAUAAUGAAUUCUUGAAGUUUUACGCAACUGAGGACUGCCCUUCUUACUUGAAGAAGUACCUGAGCUUUGGGAGGGACGUCCUGAGGAGAACAGCACUCUUUGUCGGCAGAGCUCCCACGGGUGUCCCUGCUGCAGAAGACGGCGGGAUGGCCGGUCACCUGCCACGCUACCGGUUUCUACCCAAGGGCGGCCGUCCUCUUCUGGAGGAAGGAUGGCGAGCGGCUCGACGAGAACGUGGAGAUGAACGAGAUCCUUCCCAACCACGACGGGACCUUCCAGACCAGCGCUCGCCUCGUAACGGUGGACGAGCGCGCUCGCUACGAGUGCGUCUUCCAGCUGGACGGUGUGCCGGAGGACGUCGUCACCCCGCUGUACCUCGCCAAGGUGUUGAGCAACGAGCGCAUAGAAGAGCGACAAAGGAGGAGGACGGUGGACAUCACCAUCCCUUUGGUCCUCCUUUUUCUUGCUGUCGCUGUCUUGGUCUUCAAGUACAAGAAGGGCGCAGGCAUCUCUUUAAGAAUGAUGGCCUUCACCUAAAUAAUUCAGGAGUGCGGUUACUAAGCAGCAGCAUGUUUUAUCUCUUGAGGCACAGACAGUCUGCUUAUCUCGAGGAAAGGAGGCAAGCUGUCCCAAAACAUCUGAUAAACAUGGAGGCUGGGAUGAGUGCUGAAUCAGACAGUGUGCACGGAGGAUCUACAUCUCCUCCAAAAAUGGAGCGUACAGUCGCUGAAGGGGAAAUGACUGAGCCAGCCCUGCCAGGCUGUGACCAACCCUCCUCUGCUGAGGCUCCACUGCCUCAACGGGAGGAGACCCUGGUAGCAGGUGAUCGACCCCCUUCAGACGAGACCCAAGAAGCGGCUCCAUCAGCUCAACAGGAGGAGAACCACCCGACUGUGCAAUCCUCUGCUGACAAGGCCCCAUCCAGCCCCAAAUCCUCACACUCCAAGACGCCACCACGCCGCCGACUCCACGAUAAGGCCCCAUCCAGCCCCCAAUCCUCACACUCCAAGAUGCCACCACUCCGCCGACUCAGUCAGGCUAAGGCCUCAUCAAGGCCUAAAUCCCCACAGUCCCGGAAGCCACCCCGCCGACGACUUAGUUUGGAUGGAAUAAGGAGUCAACCUGAUUGGGACUCCAUGGAUCUAGAUAGCAAGGUUAACCAGUCUCUUGAUGUUCUCAAGUUCAUGUCUUCGCUUCCACCCCUGUACCUGUCACACCCGACAGGUGCCAGGGGAAGAUGGCAACAAACCAACCAGCCUCCCCUGGAAUUCUCUCGGGGCAAAGCCAAAGCACUACAACUCUGGAACUACACGGUAUUAUCCUUCUAUGGAGGAAGCCAUGUUUGUGACACUAAUAUGAUGUGCACCGGGUCCAGGCUGUGACAACAUUACAAAGACUGUUCUGUCCCAGCAAAAGCCGGGGCCUUAUGGAGUACAGUAUGUAUGCUCAACAAUCCCAGUGGUGAUAAACAACAAAAAAAGGGCUAGACUGGUGAGAAAUAAAAAACGUUCAAUCAACUCUGCCAACCUGUUAAGCAUAGUAUGUCAUUCCCAAAACUCACCAGUGAAUCCAGUCUGGCAUCUCCAAUUAGCUCUGCUAAAUAUUAGAUCUUUAGCUGGCAUAUCUUUCUUAAUUAAUGAUUUUAUCAGCAAACAUAACCUUGACAUGUUGUUCCUAACAGAAACUUGGUUAGAUCAAGAUAAGAGUUCGACAGUUCUGAUUGAGGCAACCCCCACAAACUUCAAUUUCUUUAGUGCGCCAAGAACCCAUAAGAAAGGAGGUGGGGUUGCCAGUCUGAUCAGGGACAGUUUUCAAUGCACGAAUAUUUCAUGUGGUCAGUUUGAUUCCUUUGCGUAUAUUGUCAUUCAGCUAAAAAGCCCUUGCAGAGCUGCCUUGGUAACAAUUUACAGACCACCGAAGUAUAAAACAAUGUUUUUUGAUGAGCUUACCAAAAUACUGUCUUCCGUCUGCAUGGACUUUGAUUGUGUUGUUUUAGUGGGUGACUUUAACAUUCAUGUUGAUAAUCCUGAAGAAGGAUGUGCUAGAGAGCUUUUAAAUAUUUUGGAUACAUUUGGUUUAUCUCAGCAUGACACAGUUCCAACACAUAACAGAGGGCACAUACUGGACUUAAUAAUACCCAAAGGUCUUAACAUCUCUGAGGUCACAGUGAAUGAUGUUGCUCUGUCUGAUCACUACUGCAUUAUGUUUAAAAUGACCACCCCUGUCCAUCCUCUGAAAAGGGAAACAGAGGUGAUUAGGAAGCGUUACAUAAGUGAUAACACUUGUGCGUUAUUCACACAGGCCUAUGCCUCACCAUUAACCCCUACAACACCUCCAGUGGAAGAACUUGUAAAUAGUUUCAGUUCCAGUGUGAUAACUGUAAUGGACACUAUUGCCCCGAUUAAGACAAAAACUUUGUCAAGAAAGAAGAGUUCACCCUGGAGAAAUGCAUACUAGCUAUAAAACAAAAGCAAGUUUGUAGACGAGCAGAACGCAGAUGGCGAAAAAACAAACUCCUAGUUUUUUAUGAUAUCUACAAAGAGAGUCUUCGCAAAUACAACCAGGAACUGAAAAAUGCUAGACAGUCAUGUUUUUCAGAAAUCAUUAGUAGAAACACCAACAAUACUCGCACACUAUUUUUUGUUGUUGACAAACUGACAAACCCACAAGCAUCAAUACCUCAGGAAUUGGCAUCUGAGGUGUCCUGUGAUAAUUUUGCAGCGUUCUUUACACACAAAGUACUAAAGAUUAGACAGACUGUGUGCAACUCCAGAUUAACAAAUGUUACACUAAAUGCCUCCCAAAAUGUCCCCCACGUCAAGCUUAGACAGUUUAGCCUCUUGGACUAUUCCACUUUAACAGAAAUUGUGUCAAAAUUAAAGCCCACAACAUGCUGCCUUGACAUCCUUCCUUCAAACUUUUUCAAAACUGUUUUUCAUUGCAUAGCCCCGGACAUACUUCAGAUUAUAAAUACUUCUCUCCAAACAGGAGAGUUUCCUCAGACUUUAAAAACUGCAGUAAUAAAACCUCUCCUAAAAAACCUAAUCUGGAUGCCUCAACCAUUAGUAAUUACAGGCCGAUAUCAAAUCUGACAUUCCUGGGGAAAAUUAUCGAAAGGGUUCUGUUUGAACAGAUCCAGACUUUUAUGAUGCAAAACAAUCUUUAACUCAUUUCAGUCUGGAUUUCGGCCACAACACAGCAACGAGACCGUGCUUAUCAAAGUCCUAAAUGAUAUUCGUCGGAAUACCGAUGCAGGCAAAUCAUCUGUUCUGCUACUAUUGGAUCUCAGCGCCGCAUUUGACACGGUUGAUCACAACAUACUACUCAGCAGAUUGGAACAGUGGGUAGGGCUUACUGACACUAUUCUUCAGUGGUUCACAUCCUAUUUCCAUGAUAGGGAUUUCUUUGUGUCAAUUGGAAACUAUCAGUCAGAACGAACCAAAUUCACGUGUGGAGUCCCCAGGGUCAAUUCUUGGACCACUCUUAUUUAACAUCUAUAUGCUUCCGUUAGCUCAGAUAAUGGAACAGUAUGACAUCUCCUAUCACGCCUAUGCAGAUGACACACAACUGUACAUUUCUGUGUCCCCACAUGAUUAUAGUCCCUUAGUCUCCCUGAGUAAAUGCAUUCAUCAAAUCAAUGAAUGGAUGUGCCAAAAUUUUCUCCAGUUAAAUGUGGAGAAGACAGAGGUGAUCAUUUUGGGGCCAAAAAAGGAAAGGUCAAAGAUAAGCAGCCAACUUAGCACAAUGUCACUUACAGCUACAAAUCAAGUCAGAACCCUUGGCGUAAUUAUUGACUCCGACCUAAAAUUUGAUUGCCAUCUAAAGUCCGUCACUAUAUCCGCUUUUUACCACCUAAAAAAUAUAACCAGAAUUAAGGGGCUUCUGACUCAAGACAUGGAAAAACUUAUGCAUGCAUUCAUUUUCAGCAGAUUGGACUACUGCAACGGUAUAUUUACGGGUCUUGAUAAAAAAAAUCUGUCAGGAAGCUGCAGCUAGUACAGAAUGCUGCAGCCAGAGUCCUCACAAAUACAAGGAAGCUGGACCACAUUACACCGGUUUUGAAAUCGCUACACUGGCUUCCAGUGAGUCAAAGGAUAGACUAUAAAAUACUACUGCUCGUCUACAAAACACUUAAUGGCCUUGGACCAAAAUACAUGGUUGAAUUGUUAGAUUCCUAUGAGACAUCUAGACCCCUAAGGUCGUCUGGAACCGGUCUUCUGCAUGUUCCAAGAACAAGAACCAAGCAGGGUGAGGCAGCAUUUAGUUAUUAUGCUCCUCACCUCUGGAACAAGUUACCCGAACGUCUGAAGUACGCUCAAACUUUUAGCUCUUUUAAAUCAGGGCUAAAAACGCUUUUGUUUAGCACUGCAUAUCCAUAACUGUCUAUAUAUUUCAAUCUACUUGCUUUCUAUUCCUCUUGUGCUUAUCUCCAUUGCUGAUUUCAAUUAUUAUUAGUAGUAGUUUUUGUUUUAUUUGUAUUUAUUUAUUUUUAUUUGUUAUUAAAUGCGAUUUUUAUGUAUAAUAUUUUAUUUCCGAUUUUGAUUGUCUUGGUUUUUACGUUGUAUUGAUUUAAAUGUGAUUUUUAUGAUCUUCGUGUGAUGUUAAGCACUUUGAAUUGCCUUGUUUUGAAUUGUGCUAUAUAAAUAAAUUUGCCUUGCCUUGCCUAAUAA